AUGAAGCAACUGACGACUCCUUUUGAGCCCCCAUACUUUAACAAACAUGUCGGGUUCCUGGAAAAAAACGAUGUAGUAAUCAACCAAAGCACAGUGCCUCAAACACCUUCUGAAAGUAUAAAUACAGCUGUUGAAAAUCAUACAGUAGAAGCCAGGGAUUUGGCAGAAAGAUUAGGUGAUGCUCAUUUCAAUGAAUUACCAACUCCACAAAUUAUAGCCAUUUUACUAACUUUAUCGUUGGCCAACUUUGUGAGCUUUGCUGAUCAAACAGGUAUAACCGUGGGAUUAAGUAGUAUUGCUAAAGAUUUAGAUGCACAACAAACAAUUAACUGGGCUGGUUCUGCUUCGUUGUUGGCAAACACAGUAUGUCAAGUUUUAUUCGGAAGAUUUUCGGAUAUUUUUGGUAGAAAGAAUGUCAUUAUGGUAUGCCUUUUGAUAUUGUGCAUUGGUGAUGUUGCUUGUUCAGUUGCUAGAAAUGGAGUUGAGUUCUAUGUGUUUAGAGCUUUAGCCGGUAUUGGAAACGGUGGUGUUUCAUCGUUGAGUAUGGUUAUAUUGAGCGAUAUCGUUUCGUUAAAAGAUAGGGGCAAAUAUGUUGGAAUUUUAGGAUCGAGUGUUGGCAUUGGUAAUGCAGUAGGACCAUUUAUCAUGUCGGGAUUUAUAAAGCAGUCCAGUUGGAGAAGCUACUAUUAUUUUCUAGCGCCACUUUCCUUCUGCGUCAAUAUUGUCUUGUUCUUUUCAUUGAAGAGUAACAAAACAUUGAGUUCUGUCAUUUCGAAAAAGGAAAAGAUUAUGAGCAUCGAUUACCUUGGAUUGUUGACCUCUACUAUAGGUCUAACCUUGAUCUUAGUGCCAUUGAAUGGCGGCGGCUCAACGUAUGCAUGGAACAGUCCCAUUGUUAUUUCAUUAUUCACAGUAGGUGGUGUUUUCAUGUUAAUAUUCUUUGCUGUCGAGGUCAAAGUUGCCAAGCUACCUAUGAUUCCAAUGCGAUUGUUCAAAAAUAUCACCUUGUGUUUGGUCUAUACAGCAACUUUUUGUUUUGGUGCAGCUUAUUUCAGUUUUAUUUACUACCUACCAUACUACUUUCAAAUUGUAAAGGGCAAAGACGAAAUGCAAACUUCAGUGUUUGUCUUACCCUUAGUGUUGUGCCAAGCAGGAUUAUCAGCUGUAGGUGGACAAAUAAUCACAAUUACUGGCCAUUAUUUUUGGGUUAUUAUAACCGGCUACAGUCUUUGGCUCUUAGCAUGUUGUCUCUUAUUGUUGUGGACCCCUUCAUUACCCGAUGGAAUAAACAUUUUGAUUUUGUUAAUCAUGGGAUGCGGCGUGGGAUUCUCCUUCCAGCCAUCAAUGGUUGCUGUACAAGCCAAUUGCAAAAAAGCUGAGCGAGCAGUUGCAAUAUCAACCAGAAAUGUGAUAAGGUCAUUAGGAGGUUGUGUUGGUAUUGCUAUUGGCUCAACGAUUGUAAGCAACUCAGUUCUCGGCUCACUCAAAAAGGCAAGUUUACAAUCCUUUUCAUCUUCACUAUCAAAAGAAACAAUUGAAUAUAUGAGGAAUCACAUUUACCAAAAGCCUGAUACUUCACUUUUCACAUUGACAGAAACAAAAGAAAUUCGCGAAAUUUACACACACGCAUUAAAAAACUACUAUUACUUUUUAAUUCCGUUGAUGGCUAUCGCUGUGAUAACAAAUAUUUUUGUUAAAGAUAAUGGAUUGAAAAGUAUUGAUGAACCAGCACAACCACAUAAAAAGGCUGAUCUUGAAUCAACUUCAAGUUCAAUGACACUAAAGAGUUAA